AUGCACUCUGCUUUUAUCCUCCUCGCGGGUCUGGCUGCCACUGUUUCCGCGCAGACGACCGAAGUCCAAGUCUUCAACGCCGGCCCUACAACCCUUCCUCUGCACGCCGUCGAGGCCAGCAUCGUCGAUGCCAAUGCCGUCGCCACCACUCUCGCCAUAAGCCCUUUCACCAUCACCCAGGGCCCAUCCACCUACACCGUGAGCGCAGUCUACUCAGCCUCGGCGGGUGGAGUCGAGGAAACCUACACUGUCGUACAAGACUGCGACAUCACCUCCUCCACCCAGUUGGCCGUAUGCUCAAUGUCCGCCAGGGUGGAGGUCUCGGCACUCGGAGCAAAAACCUUCACCACAUCCUCGGCGACGCUUACCUUUUCCUCCCAUGACAUUUGGUAUACGCCUAUUGUGGUGACUGCUGGCGUGGAGAAGUUGACGGCGUCUAAAGCGACGCAGACGCCUGCGAGUGAUGCCGGUGUGAACGCUGCCGCUGUGAACGCUGCUUCGGGGAAUAUGGGACUCGGUCAGGCUGCUGCUGCGGCUGUCGCUGCCGCUGCACUGGGGCUUUUGUAG